UCACUUCUUGCUACUUCCUCUAGAACUACAUAAACCCUGUCAACAUGAAAACACUGGUCUUGUCCUUACUGGUGGCUGUGGCUUUGGCUGAGAGACCGUCCCUCUCCUACGACGCCCCUGCGCCCCACACGUCCUCGCCCGUUCAGCAGAUCCCCAUCAUCCGCGACGAGCGAGUCCAUCCUGCCGCUGACGGCUCUUACAGCUUUGACGUUGAGACUGGAGAUGGCAUCGUCAGGAGCGAGUCUGGCGGUCCAGGUGGUGCUCAACAGGGAACUGUGAGCUUCACCUUCCCAGAUGGCCAAGUCUUCGACCUUCAGUUCGUCGCUAACGCUAAUGGUUACCAACCUCAGUCGCCCUUCCUGCCCGUCGCCCCUGCCUUCCCCCACCCAAUCCCCGCCCACGCCCUCGAGCAGAUCGAGCGUGGUCGACUCGAACUCGAAGCUCGCGCCCGCGGAGAACAAGCUAAUCCUUCUCGCCACUAUGGUCAACCUCAAUGAAGAGAUUUCUAGUGAACUUCGACAGUACUAUAUUUGUUAUAUUGUUUCGCAUAAAUAUAAAUAAAACGUUAAUGAUA